AUGUAUGCAAUUACGGCGACAACAAAAGCAACAGAAGCUCUUAAAAUGCUGAGGAAGAACAAAGAAAGCUAUGAUAUUGUGAUUACUGAUGUUAUAAAGCUCGACAUGAACAGUUUCGAGCUUUUGGAGAUAAUAGGCCUUGAAAUGGACAUGCCAGUAAUAAUGAUGUCUGCAAAUGAUGACAAAGAAUCGGUGUUGAAGGGGGUAAGGCAUGGAGCUCGAGACUACCUGAUAAAGCCACUUCGGUUGGCAGAAGUGAAGAAUAUUUGGCAGCAUGUGGUCCGACAAAACCUAUUUAAUACAAUGAAAUCUGGCACCGUGCAAGCAGGAACAGAUCAAAACCCAUAUGCUCAGAAGAAGAAGAAGAAGAGGGUUAGUUGGACUAGAGUGUUGCAUAACAAGUUUGUCGAUGCUGCUCGGCAGCUAGGAGUGGAUAAAGCAGUUGCAAAGGAGAUACUCCAAAUCAUGAAUGAACCGAUGAUCUCUCAAGAAAGUGUUGCUAACCACCUUCGGAAGUACAAAAAUGCCUUAAGGAAGGAGAACACGAAAGCUAAAAUUACCCAAGAAAGCGAGAACAAUAUCAAUUCAAACAGAACAAAUGGGCUUCUAUCUGAUACAAUCACCACAUCUUGUUUUGAUCAAUGCCUAAACACCAUCAAUCAUCACAAUAGAUUUGCAGAACAAGACAUGAGUACUGGGAUCACCUCAUUUGGUAGCCGACUUCAAACAUUUGGUGCUUCUACAUCAAAUGCAAAACUCCUCCAACAAAACCAACUACCUCCCAAAGUAGUAGCAGAUCAAAUGCGCCCAAUCAUGCUUGGAAGUGUCCCUCCAUCUCCGUUUUUUGCGGCAAAUCCAUCUCCCCAUCAUGAAUUUAAUGGGAUGAGGUUUCACUCUAUUAACUCGAGAACAAAGAUGUUUGAUGACAAUGUCAAGAUGUCUUCUUCACAUCUUCCUAGCUUUAACAUAGGACAAUCUUCUCCAAGCAGUAUGCCUGUUAGCUUUGGGCCAUACUCGUGUCCUCCUGCAGCCUUCAACCUUGACGGUGUUCCUUUUCAAAUGCUUGGAGAUGCUUCAAAUCAAUUGAAUCCAAUUUCUCAACCUGAUUCUCUUGCCAUGCUGCUUCCAUGUUAG